AUGACUCAAGAGACUUUAAAAGAGGAGGGUACUGGAUUUGUUUGUUUGGGUUGGGUAAGGGUGAGCAAAGUGGAAACAAUUCCAAGAAAUCUCAAUCCAAAGAUUGGUUCGAAUGGUAACAUUUAUUUACUGAGUAAUGACCAUAUUCUUCGUUUAAAUGAUGGUAAUGAGGAGAGAAGUAUUGUCCGGCAACCAGCUUAUGAAGAGGUGACAUAUCGCGAAAUAGAAGGAGAAAAAAGUCUAUCAGAAAGGAAACAGCAAUUUGCAACAUUCGUGAAUGGUAUACGUGACAAUUAUGAGAUUGACAAAAAAUUGUUUGGAAUUGAUGCCGCCAUAGCUUUGGUUGAUGACCCUGACAAGAAACAGUCCAUAAAUCCGAAAGAUGUUGCCAUCCCUGAAUCAGAGUUCAAACUUCGGUCUCUUAAACCUAUUGUGCUUUCGGGUAUCAGAGAUGUCAAUUUGAUAGAAACUUCAGAUUGUGUAUUCAAGGUUGGACGCUCAGGCUCAAUAACAUUCAGACUUUCAGAUUAUCUAUCUGGACCAGAUCGAAUCAGGGACGAAAAAAGAUUAAACUUAAAGGCCAGCCGGGCUCUUUCUGAGUGCGAAGAACGACAUUUCAGAAAAGAUAGACGUGUACGUGAAAACGGUAUUCGGCCUGACCGUCAGGAGGCAAGAACAUGGAGGAAAGAACGUAAUCGUAAAAUGUGUACACCAUCAGUUCACAUCGAGACUAACAAUGGGAAUGUAAGCGGGACCACCAACGGCGGAGCCUUUUUUGCUGGAUUAGAAAGAGAUGUGUCAAAGAAAAGAAAAUAUCAAGAAAAUGCUAAUGAAAUCGCUGAGGAUGCUAUACUCAUCAUUCCAAUUUUACAAGCAUCGAUGAGUAAAUACAUAAUCUUUGAAUAA